CGAAGCUUCCAGGCGCCCGGCCGGCUUUUUCCGGACUGCAUACUUGUCCCGAGCUUCGCCCGAGCAGCCGCGGCGCCGCCAUGGACCCCGCGGACGCCUUCGACCCCAGCGCCGGCCCCGGCGCCGACCUGAUGGCCGAGGCCGAGGAGGAGGCGGAGGAGGCGGAGGAGGCCCCGGGCGGGCCCGAAUCCUCUGAAGCCCUAGCCACGGACCUGCAACGCUUGACGCUGAACCCCAGGACCAGCUUCCCUUCUCCUGGGCCAGAAAUUCCACCCCAGGCCCCUGGCCUGAGGCUCUUACCACCAGUCGACCCCGCCUUUCCCAAGGCCGGCAUCCGGAGAGUGAUCUUGGAGCAGAAGAAGAAGCUGGCACACUUGAGAUCUGUCCUCAAAAACAGAUACUCCCAGAUACAAGGGCUCCUGGAGGACCCCACCGAAGCGCUGCCCGGACCCUCGAACCAGGCGACCUCUCCAAUGUCCCCCAAGGACAAUGCCCCUCAGGGACCAGCGGUGCCCUGUCCACGCCGGCCUCUCACGGAGUUCUCCAGAAGCGUGGUCGCCUUGUUCCGGAGCUUCGUGCUCCAGAGCCAGCUGCACAACGCCGCCCGCGGGGGCCGGCUGGACCUGCUGGCGCAGAGCCAGAGUGCCCGGGAGGGCAUGGCCUCCCGGCGCAGGCGCAGGAAGCUGGCCAGCUGGCGAUCCUCCCCGGUGAAGGAAAGGCCUUUCCGCUGCACCUGCAGUUACUGUCUGGCUAACGACGACGAUCCCUCGGGGAAUGGGGAUAAGGGCCAAGAGGGCUAGUGGGGUGAUUGACACCUGUCAAUCACGCUCGUUAUUCGGCACAUUCCGCCUGCGCGGUCAGAGGCGCCGAGGCUACUGCAAAACACUCCUUUUAUAAGCUGAGGAUUUUGGAGAUCUUUUGUAUACUGGGGUCGGGUUUUCUAGUUGCUGGGUUAUUGGGGUGUUUUGGUUCUCCUUUGGUUUUUUUCUUCAAUUCUUACUGUUAGAAAGGGGAUGUCUAGAGAGGCGACAGUUAGACGUGUAAGUCAGGUAAAGAGUUGAUUUCUUUUGGGGGGGGCAAUGCCCCCCUUUCCCUCUCUCCCAAUUUUUCCCUCUUUUCUUUAGCGUGGUCCCUGGGGUCAGAUUUUUUCUAGCUGAAUGCCACUCGCCACUUUGUUGGCUAAAGUCUAGGAGAGGUUGGAAUAGUCACAUGAAGCCCACGGAAACCCUACUGGGUAAUAACACGAAGAUGCCUGACUUACUUGCUGGUUUUCAAAGGUUUUGAGCUUGAACAAUAAAUACAGAUUUUUUUGACGUUAGUGUCAUUUUCAGUAGCAAAUAAACGCAUAAGGAAAUGAUU